AUGAUUGGUUCCCAAAAACAGGUGAUUAAUUCCACUGGCCGCCCUACUCCCACUGCUCUCAUUUUGUCUGGCCUCAAGGCAGACUUUAAAAAAUUGCACAAUGUUUUGUUCUGUUCACAUUGCCAGACUACAGGCAAAAUUGUUUCUAAUGGGUCUACUUCUCGUACUGGUAGCCCACAGUUUAAAUGCAAAUGUGGUGCAACAUUUACUGCUUCAUCCAUGCAAUCUUUGAUCAAUGCAGUCCAACACAAAAUUCCUGAAGUUCGUUCUGCAAGUAAGCCUGUUGUGUCCCCUUCUGUUUCCAUCUUGGGUCAUAGUAUUUCCAUGGCAGAUAUCCAUGAAAUUGAAUCUGAUGUUGCACCUGUUCUUCCAACUGUAAUGCCCACUCUUCAGGAUAUUUGGGACCGUUUCCAGGCUUAUGAUGAACGUCUUUCUGCAUUGGAGGCUGUUCAAAAAGAGAAUAUUGAGUUGCGUAAGGCUCUUGCUACUGCAAACGCCACUAUUGCACGUUUGACAAAGGAGAAUGUUGAUUUUUCUGUUGGUGCUGCAGCAUCCAAAUAUGCUACUAUUGCUGCCUCUGUUCCAGUUGUUUCUCAGGCUGAUUUUCCAUCACUUCCUGCAUCCCCGACCCAUCAUUCCACUGAACCCACCAAGACUUUCGUUUCUAAAACACCACGUAAAAGGGCUCCAACUGCUAGGGCCAUUGCUGCUGUUGUUCGUGGCAUGACAAUUAAAGAAAAUGCUGAUCAGGGGUUUCAAAUUGUUUAUGUACCUAAUGCUAUCUGUCUCCCCAUUAGUACUCAACGUCAACGUCUUAGGAAAUUAAAGAUAGACAAUGCACGUGUGCUGGAUCUCCACUAUCCUGAUUGUAAGGUGAUGGGAAUGCUUGUACAUAAUGAGUAUGCUCCUGAGCUCAAGACUAUCUUGGCGAGUUAUGGUGUUACUACUUUGGAUAACUUUAAUCCUCUGGACCCUGUUCACCUCCGUGACCCAGCUCUGGCCUCUCUUUCACUUGAUGAUAGGGCAACAAAAGCUAUACAUGUUCACAAUGAUCGUAUGCUACGUGCCAUUGAAUUCAUUAGGGCUCCUGUCAAGUUUGCUGUUGCACGUUCCUUUUGCUCUCAGGGAUGGAUUAGUGAUGACCAACUAGCUGAGAUUGUUCCCCCACGACCCACCAAAAAAGACUUGGACAUCUCUAUACAUACUGCCAGCAUCACCAUCCCUUCAUUCUCUGAUCUAUGA